UCACAAAAUGAUCACAAACAGUUAUCUGUCAUUUAUAAAAAUAAUAAAAUACUCAUUAAUAUGUAAAAUUGACGGAUAGUGUUGCAAUUUAAUAAUGUAGCUGUUAAUCUAACAAAUUUACAAUUCACUAAUUUUAGUGAAAUUUGCCAUUUGAAAGAGUUCACGAAGAUUUGAUAUUUUUAUAGGUUAGGAUUCUCAAUUUAUAUGUAUACAAAAACAUUACAUGGAAUUUACAUUUGUUUCAAUUUAUAUUCAAGAAAAAUUUGUUUAAUUAUAUAAUCAAAAUGCAAUUUAUUUAAAAGUUAAAUUAUUGUCCAUUGAAAUAUAACAUUAAACACAUACAAUGUUGACAUCACAGACAAUUGUUACUAAUUCAACAAUGGACACGAUUCCAUUGAGUUUUAUUAUUUCUGAUGAUGGACGAACUUUGAUGGCUGUAUCAGAUGUCGGAGAUGGUACAAUUGAAUUUAUGAAUUCGCCAAUUACUUAUGUAAAUGAGACUAAUGACACUUCUGAUAAUUCUAAAUCUAAUCGUAAUCUUUCACCAAAUGCUUCUGUAUUGCAAGUAUGUGUCGAUGAAUCGUCUGGAUUAAGAUCUCAGGAAACAAUAUUGGUGCCUGCUCAUAUGAUUUCUUUUAUUUCAAACGAUUCAACUGAAACAUCGACAAAGGAAGAUCAAUCUCAAAUUGCGUAUCAUAUUUCUCAAUAUCGAACCAUUGAAGUGAGAACUGAAAAUUCUUCUGAAGAAUCUUUAUCUAUUGAAUCUUCUUCUUUAUCAGUACCAACUAAAUCUACCUCCUUAGUAUCCAAGUCUUCCAAUCAAUCAAAAUCAUCAUCAACAAGACGAAAACCAGGACGACCAAAAAAAUAUGAGAGCUUUCUUAAGAAUAUCGAUUUAAAAUGUGAAAUUUGCUGUGAAGAAUUUAAAAAGAAACAUUUAUAUCGUAAACACAUGGAGCAUCACGCCGAGGAAAAGCCACAUCGUUGUCCAAAGUGUCCUGCAUCAUUUAAUGUUCCAACAAAUUUUACUCUUCAUAUGGCAACACAUAAUAUUGGCGAACCAAAAUGUCCCGAGUGUGGAAAAAAAUUUGCUCGAAAAGCAAGUUUAAAAUCUCAUAUGAUGUUGCAUGAGAAGGAGGAAAAUCUUUUUUGCACCGAAUGCGAGGAUGCUUUUUCAACUAAGGCUCAACUAGAUGCACAUUUGAAACUUCACAACGAAAAAUGGACGACCGACGAUGUCAGAAAAUGCAAACUCUGUCACAAGCAAUUCACUCAGCCAGCUUUGUACAGACAACAUAUCCGAGAACAUUACAGGUUACAGACAAAACUUGUGAAACAAACAAAGAAAGGAGCAAGACACAAAACAAUGUACAAAUGUAAAAUUUGUUUUAAGACUUUUCAAAAACCGAGCCAAUUAAUGAGACAUAUUCGAGUUCACACAGGCGAUAAACCAUUUAAGUGUACAAUUUGUAGCAGAAAAUUUACUCAAAAAGGUUCACUUCAAAUUCAUAUGAAACAACAUGAUGGACUUAAGCCACACGCUUGCCAUUUUUGUAAUGCUAAAUUCAGUCAGAAAGGCAAUCUUAACGCCCACAUUGAUCGUGUUCAUAAUCUUCCUGAUAAAGAUUCAAUUUUUCGAUGUACUUAUUGUACAUGUGCUUUUAAAAAACUUGGUAGUUUAAAUGCUCAUUUAAAAAGAAGACACGCUCUUCCCAUUGAUGAGGAUGAAGAUCCAAAAUGUGAUAGUUCAACAUCAGAUGCCGAUAUGCAAGCUUCUGUGGAAAAUGUUAUGUUACAGCUUGCUUCACUCGAAUCGGAAGUGAAAAAUCAAGUAGAUUCAACUGAGAAAGAUAACAAUGAUAUUUUACAACAGGCUUUGCAAAAUAGUGGACUGCCAAGUAAAGAAAAACAAGAAGAAAUGAAUAAAAAAGCGAAAGGUAAAACAAUGAUGGUGACUUUAUUAGAUCGAACCGCCGAUGGAGAUGCGAGAAAAUAUGUAACAAUUAAACAACGACACGUGGGUGAUAUGUUGUGGUUCACUUGUACUUUUUGCCAAAAGGAAUUUAAAAAACCUUCGGAUCUCAUAAGACAUUUACGAAUACACACGCAAGAGAAGCCAUUUAAAUGUUCACAUUGCAGUCGCUCGUUCGCUUUAAAAUCGACAAUGACCGCUCACGAACGUACACAUUCUGCUUUAAAGAAAUUUCCUUGUGGAAUUUGCGAUAAAAUAUUUCCAACACGAAGUAGUCUUACAGCUCAUACUAGAUUACAUACAAGAUCAUUUGCGUGCAACGUGUGCAGCAAAUGUUUCAGUGGAAGUUCAUUGUUAAAAAAUCAUAUGAGAUGUCAUUCAAAACCGAAGACGAAAUUAUCACCUGAAGCUGAGAGCCUUGUUCCACAAAUAGUCUUAGAAGAGCCAUUGCUUAUCAGUGAUUCAGGGAAUAAAAUAAGUGUAGCUCAUGUUAAAUCGAAAAAACAAAUUUACGAAGAUGGAGAUUCAGCGAGACCACAUAAAUGUACAAUGUGCACUGCCGCCUUUCGAAAAAUAAGUCAUUUAAAACAACAUCUUCGUAGGCAUACUGGAGAAAAACCCUACAAAUGCACCAAAUGUGAUAGGAAAUUUACUUCGAAUAGCGUAUUAAAGACGCAUUUGCACACUCACGAGGAUUUAAGACCGCACAGUUGUUCCGUUUGCAAUGCCAAAUUUACAACCAACAGCAGCAUGAAAAGACACCUAAUUACGCAUAGCAAUAAAAGGCCAUUCAUGUGCCCCUAUUGUCACAAAACUUUUAAAACAUCCGUGAAUUGCAGAAAACACAUGAAAAUACACAAAUCCGAAUUGGCUCAACAGCAAGUGGAUAAAAAGAAAUUUUUGGUACCUGAAAGUGGUCUUACAUUGGCGGAUUCAAUAACUGUUCCAUUUGAAUCGUCGACUGUUAAUUUAACUGCAAAUUUGUCCGAUGAAAAUAUUAUAGAGGAGAAUAAUAAAUCGAUUCCAAUUUCUACUGUGGAGAAUGUAAAUCAAAAUGUUUUAAAUGAAACCAGUGCUAAUUUAAGAGUUACACAAACUUUACAUGCUGAUGAAACCGGUACGAUAACGUUGCCAAAUUAUUCUGGAGAACAGACACUCACUGUCGAAAAUAUUCGUGAAAUUGAAGAAACAUUAAAUCAACAGCUAUUCGAUAUUGGAAUGAAUCUUGAAAUUGGAAAUUCAAUACCAAAAAAUCUUAAUGAAGAAAAUUCUGAAGGAAAUCAAUCUGUCAUUAUUUACGAUACGGAGAAAACAUUAAAUUCUGUCUCAAAUAAUAUUAAUAAUCAUAUAUUUACUCCACAAUUUGAUACUUUUGAUAUGAAUCAAAUAUCAUUACAUAGCGAUGAAGUUAUAAAUGUUGCAAUUGAUACAGAAACAAUGACAAGUAUUGAAAAUAUUUUACCUGAAUCUGUUCAAGAGGAAGUUUUAUCUGUUCCAAUGACAAAUGAAACUAUUGAAAUAAAUCAAUUGAAAACGGAAAUUUUACCAUCAGUACCAGAUGAUAAAAAAUACUCAAAAAUUAUUGCUAAGGCUGAUACAACAAAUCCAAAUGAAAUUCAAUUAUCUGAAAAUAAUGCCGAUAACAAAAUAAAUAAUUCUUCACGUUCCAAAUAUUAUUUUCCAUGUACAAUAUGUGAUAAACAAUUUAAAAGAGAAUCUGAUUUAAUGCAUCAUGUGGAGGGACACAUGAAUGACGCUGUGAAAAAUUCUGUAAUUAAUGGUAAUAAUUCUGUUGAAAUUACACCAUUAUUGCAGUGUCACAUGUGCAGUAAAAGUGGUUUUACGGCUAAUGAUUUAAAAGAACAUCUAAAAACUCAUCGAGGCUCAAAAGAAUUCGAAUGUGUUGAAUGUUCUCAAAAAUUUUGCACUAACGGCGGAUUAAGUAGGCAUUUAAAAAUGCACGCAGCUAAACAUCAAUAUCAGUGUAAUGUAUGCCAGAAAGUAUUACCAAAUAAAAUACAAAUGGAUCUUCAUUUAUUGGAUCAUCAACCAUUUUUCCGAUUGGGCAUAGUCGAGGCUGAUAGUUCAGAAAAAGAAACUGUUUCACUAUUGACUAAUGAAUUUCCAGUUGAUAACACUCCAAUAAUAAUUGAUGCAAAUUUAUCCGAGCAAAUUUUGCUUGAUUCAUCAGAAAUAAUGGAAAGACUUAAGAAUAUGGAGGAUAAAGAAGAGAAGAAACCAGAAAAAAAUAAAUGUAUAUUCUGUCCGAAAACAUUUCGAAAACCCAGUGAUCUCACAAGACAUUUACGAACUCACACCGGUGAGAAACCUUACAAAUGUCAAUUUUGUAAUAAAAGUUUUGCAGUUAAAUGUACUCUCGAUUGUCAUAUGAAAAUUCACAAUGGACAGAAAACUUUAAGUUGUCACGUGUGUAAUAGUUUCUUUGCAACUAAAGGGAGCUUAAAAGUACACAUGAGACUUCACACAGGAUCGAAACCAUUUAAAUGUCCAAUUUGCGAUAUGAGAUUUCGAACGUCGGGUCAUCGAAAAGUUCAUCUUUUGUCCCAUGAGAAGGAGCACAAGGAAAAAACACGAAAACGAAAGACAGAAGCAAUUGCGAGCGUUGUUGCCGAUGUGGAAAAUGCAAUUGAAACGACAGUGAUCGAAAGAGAUGAUUCAAAUUCCCUACAAGAAACAGAGGAUCAAUCUUCGAAUAUCGAUACAGUUACAAUUGACGCUUCAGCUCUAACAAAUCAAAUUACUUUCAAUCCUGAUGGAACUAUUGUAAAUAAUAAUUCUGUAUUGUCUGUCAGUGAGAGUAAUCAACUUGUGGCUAAUUUACAUUUUCUUCUCGCCAAUGGUCUCAUUUCCAUUCAAUCCGAUGGGACAAUUGCAAUUCAAGAUUCCGUUCUUCCUGGAUUAACGAAUUUACCAGAAGAAGAAGAGGAAGAAGAAGACGAAGACGACGACGAAAAUUCUUCUCAAGAAGUAACAGAGUCAAAUAAUUCAGAAAGUAUUAUUAUCACUCAAAAUGCAAAUUCCCUCGAUCUCGAGCAAGCGGGAUUAUUAAAUAUGGUCCUUGGUGUUGGUGAAAAUAAUUUUAAUUCAAAUCCUAAUUUCAAUAUUCCAAAUUAUAGUGAAAAUGUCAUAAAUAAAAUUGAAAAUACAGGAGGACGUAGAAGAUCGAGAAAUGGACCAAUAAGAAGAGAAUGUGAAUAUUGUGGAAAAACAUUUAUAAAAUUAAAUCAAUUAGAGAGACAUAAACGAAUUCACACUGGCGAUAAACCAUUUAAAUGUGAAAUUUGUAAUAAAUCAUUUACACAAAAAAAUACUCUUCAAAUUCAUCAGAAACAUCAUACCGGUGAUCGUCCCUAUAAUUGUCCAUAUUGUACCUAUACAUUCACGCAAAAGGGAAAUUUACAAAUACACAUUAAACGAGCUCAUCAAAAUUUACUCGAUGCGAAAAAAUUGCCAACAACAAAAUUAAUUCAAGAGGACACAAAACUUUUAGCUCUCGAUGAUAUAUCAUUUGUUGAUUAUUUGUCAUAAAAAGAAAAUGAAUUUCAAAAGAAAAAAAAAAACUUGAAAUAAAAAAUUAAUUAUUUAAUAAAAAUGAGUAAUUACUGUGCGUCGCAAAUCGACUGAAAAAAUUAGAUUAGUGUCAAAAUGUUUUUAAUAUAUUGUGUGUAGUGAUUUUCUGAAUGAAGAAUCUAUUGCAAUUUUUUUUUUUUUUAAGUUCUAGAAAUCAGGAGAAAAAGUGAGAAUGUUCUGUUAUUUUCUAAUUUAGAAGUGCCUGUCGAAACGGAAAUUGUUUCGAAAAAAAAAUACUCGUAAUUAUUUUCACGAUAAUAAAUCAAUAUGUGUUCUUAUCAAAACUAAUUUAUAAUAAGUUGUUAUAUAUAUAUAUAUAUUAUAUAUACUUUAAGAAAUAAAAGACUAUCAUUUUUUCAGAUAA